CACGUUGGUCACACUAACCACGCAGGUAUAUGGACGGUACAGCCGCGACGAAAAAAAGAAUUGUCUUUUCUAAUAGACAUAAAAUUGUAAAUAAGUAGCUCCGCAAAAGAAACCGGAGUGCGUGCGUGAAGAUGUCGCGCGUAACUAGAAGUGAUAUUUCACUCGAUAUGGAGAUAUGGGUGGAGGAGUUAUCGCCAGCGCAAUUGGCGUACUAUGAGAAAAUAACCAACGAGCACAAUGCGGUGAAAAAUGCGCUGAAAACCGCUGUCAAUGCAAAUGAGGGUAAAGAGCUCUUCAAUGGUCAGGUGUUCCAAGCCUACUCGUUUAAAGGCAAAGUGCUUCAGGAGCUUAAAGAAGCCACGUUGCCCAAAAAGCCGCCAAAAGCUAUUGAAACUCCGCCCUCGGCCCCCGUUGCCCCCACAACCAGCGGUGGAACUGGGAGAGGACGUGGACGACCAAGAAUUUCAUCGAACAUUGCAUAUUUGGAGUCAUCCGACGAGGGUGAUGACGACGUGCCGCUAGCCAAACGUUUGGCACUUUCAGCUGGCAAAAAAGCGGUAGCUGCAGCCGCUCCAAGCACGAGCAGCUCCAAGCCUGGUCGAAAACCAGCAGCCGCUGCUGCAUCACCAACCGGGAAGGCAUCGCCGCAGCUAAAGAGUGGCAAGGGCUCGGGAUCGAGUGGCAAGGCAUCAGCAGGUGGCGAGGCACCACCCAAAAACUUUCGGCCCGCGGAGGUUAACUCUGUGGGUGGCCUGGUCGUGGGUAGUAACGAUGAUAGCAGUGGCAGUGGCAAGGAUGGUAAAGAUACCAAGGAUGGGAAGGAUACCAAGAUGCAGGGCAAAACAUAUCCAUCAUUGGUUGUACUGGCCAAGCCAUUCCUCAAGAUCAAGGACAUGGCAGCGACACGUAGCAAGCUCGAUUCAAAGGUUAAGCUGGUGCUAAUGCUAACACCCAACAAGUUCUGUGAGUGGUUACUGCAAGAGGGUUUGCUGCGUUCACAGCAGCACUGCAUCAAUCAUCGCAAUAACGAAAUGAAGCUGGGUGUCUACUCUGAUAUCAGCAAGUUUCCAUACACAGGAGGCUAUGUGUGGAUUAGCGAUUGUUGUCCAUAUCGAUUUGUAUCUGUAUUCAAUAACUCCAUGUUUGAAGGCGCCCAGCAUCCACCAACAUUUUUGCUAAAACUCAUCUAUCACUGGGCGUGCCAGACUAGCAUCCAGAACGUAGUGCAGUGGGUUAAGGUGGACAGCGUCUACAUCAAAGGCAUUUAUACCUGGCUGCGAGCAAUUUGCACCUUGGCCGUGCAUCAAAAGUGCAAAAAGCUCGGCGGUCCCGGCAAGUUUGUGGAGGUGGGUGUCAUCUCGUUAGGCACAACUUCCCAGGACGGCGCACAACGUCAGGUGAAAGUGGAAGUCUUAGGCGUAUACGAUUAUGCCGAUAAAUCGAUUAGACUGCGAGCCGUAGAGCCAAUUACAGAUGGCGAUCGCAACUAUAAGAAACGUUUCCAGGCCAUAUUGGAGCCUCUGUCCCGAUGGGUGCAUAAGGACAGCACAAUUUGCAUUGACUUAACCGUGGACAAGAUUACACUCUUUAGCAUGGGCUUUAAAAAUAUUGUACAGGCAGCAGCCACCGACAAUGCAGCAAAGCACAAUAAUUCGGCUGUCAUGGAAUACCUGCGUCGCAUUGUGCCACGCAUGUUCCAAAACACAUUGUCACUUCUUUCUCGUCAGAUGAUCCAGCAGUUCCUCGAUGAACUCGUUUGGCGCGAAUCUUUUGGCACAUACGCCCUGCAAGCCUUCAACACUAUCAUCACUCACAUAGCCGACCAGACUCGUGUUACAACCAAUGAGACAAUAACUCAGCGUCUCUAUCAGGUUGCAACGAAUCCGUUUAAGGACUGGAGCGUACUGCCACCAAAUUACAAGGAGACACCAGCCAAUGCUACACCGAAACGCCUUAAGAAACCCAUCAGCGAUUCGGAUUAUUUGAGUAGCUCUAAGGAAUAUUCCAGUAAAGUGAAGAAAGAAAAAGAGAGAGAAAAGGAUAUUUUGCCAGCGGGCAGCAAACGUCGUGGCACUGUCAGUACGCCCCCGCCAGCCGCUGCGCCGAAAAGUGCAGUAAAGUCAAGUGCAAGCACUUCCAAGACGAUUACGAAACCGACACCCUCAAAGGCAGUUGCACCCGUUGCACCACCAGUCAAGAUGCCGAUCAAGAAAUCGAAGGAAACAAAGGAAGAAAAGGCUCCUGUUGUUAUCAAAAAGGAGGAGGAUGAGCUCAAGGGCUUGGAGGAGCUCUACUAUGGCAUAAGCGAUGGUACCGAAGAGUUCUUUGAGCAUUUCCCAUACAGCUCACCACGGUCAAAUCCAGCUGAGCUAACCAGAACAGUUGAGUGCCCGAUUUGCCUAAACGGCGACGCCUAUGACUCCAAUGAAAAGUUACAGACGCAUCUAGUGUCGCAUAUCUCUCCAGAGGGCAAACAGCAUCAAUUUCAAUGUUUGUUCUGCUUGGAGAAACAUGCUACAGAAUCUGUGCUGGCCAAGCACAAUCAGAUCAUGCAUCCCACCGAAACCAAGACGGAUGGAUCUCCAUCGUACUAUUGCUUGAUUUGCCAGCAGCGACACAAUUCAUUGCAUCUGCUCACCGCCCAUUUGCAGAAGGUCCACAGCACCUUGGAGCUGCCCUAUUGGUGUCAAGCAUGUGGAUAUCGCUCCUCGUCACAUCGUGACUUGGUUCGCCAUUUCUAUGACGAGCACAAGAAUCAAAACUUCUUGCAGUGUCCUUACUGUCUUGAUAUCUUUUACUUUACCCAUAAGGGCAAGGUCAACCAGUUGCGAGUUGAGCAUUACUUUAUGCAUUUGGAUGGACAUGUUAACCAGCGAGAUCCAGCGCUUAAUUGUCAGAAAUGUUCUCUGAGAUUCUUGGAGAAGGGCGAUCUAAAACAACAUACAGUGAUGCACCACAUCAGCAUGACCAAGACGAAUAAACCAGUUCGUAUGCUGCUCAAUAAUUCACUGCUUAUUCCGCCGCCAAAGGUUCGCACGCAUCAUCGCGAGCAGCCUCCAUUCUCAACACACAAACGGCCCGUAUUCUUCGCAUUCUUGGAAGGCAAAACCUGUGCGGAGUGCAAUACUGACUUUGCCAGUGAAGAGACCCAUUACACCGGUUGGUUGCAUUGCGUCAAGUGCAAUUAUCAGACUUGUUGUGAACGCGCCCAGUUUCGACAUGGUGUCGACUGCAAUGGUAACUUUGUGGAUGCCAUGGAGGUGAACAUGUUGCAGGAGAUGCACUGCAUUUGCGGCUUUGCGACUAGCAAUGGAAACAAAAUGGCUCAACAUUUGGCCAACUGUGGUUUAAGCACCUGUUAUCCCAGUUUGGAGGCGGCUAACGAAAAUGCUGUCAAACGUAAUAUGCUGGACAUGUUGGGUCUUGUGCGACGCGACGGUGAAUCAUCUGGCGAAACUGCGGAUAUGGGAGAUACUGUCGACGAGCCCAUGCCCGAAGAGGAUGAGGAGCAACAGCCACAACAGUCAGAGCACCAUGUACAGCAGCAACAUCAUCAUGUGACGGCCCUAGACUCACAAGUUGCUAUGCAUACCGACGCGCAACAGCAGCAAAGUUACAUGACCUCUCAAGUUGCACCUGAGCCGCAACCCGUGCCAGUGUCGCAUUUGCCUGAACCGCAACCGGCACCCAUACAAUUUGGUGAAAUGGAAGCAGCGCCCGUCAUGCUGGAUCCACAACAGGUGCAAGCGGCAGCCGACUAUGCGCAGGUGUCCGUCGUGCAGCAUCAACAGCAGCAGCAACAUCAUCAUCAUCAACAGCAGCAGCAGCAAUAUGGCAUGGCAGGUUAUGGGCCGAGCGCACUCUCCACCGACAUUGACAUGCCAUUAAUUGGGGAGUUGACUGAACCGAAUGCGCCACCAACGCCACAGUUCCUGGGGGAGGUGCACACACCCAUGUUUGAUGCCGUGGCCGCUGCUGAGCAGCAACACUACCAUGCCCAGCAGCAACAUCAUCAUCAUCCUCAAUGAUACAAAGGUAAUGGGAAGAUGAAACCACGCGAUUACCCGUUGCAAUGGCAGCAUUAUUAGCAUUAAAAUCAUCUUAUCAAAGCGCAUU